CGGUCAAGUGUCAGAUCUUUCACUCACGUUGCCACAUUUUACAAACCCGUUAGUAUCACUUCUGGCCGUUGGCGGAUGACAUGGACCGUAUUAAAGAUGGGUGGUUUACGGAAACAUGCACGUUAUGGCCCGGGCAAGCGAUGAGCCUUCAAGUGGAGGAGGUCCUCUACAACAAGAAGUCCAAAUUUCAAGAUGUUCUGGUUUUCAAGAGUAAAUCCUAUGGGAAUGUCUUGGUGCUGGAUGGAGUGAUCCAGUGCACUGAGAGAGAUGAGUUUGCCUAUCAAGAGAUGAUUGCAAACCUUCCCUUGUGCAGCCACCCCUGCCCCAAGAAGGUGCUGAUUAUUGGCGGUGGAGAUGGCGGGGUGCUGAGGGAAGUGGUGAAGAAUCCGCUGGUAGAAUCGGUGAUUCUGUGUGAGAUAGACGAGGAUGUCAUUAACGCAUCGAAGAAGUUCCUCCCAGGGAUGGCCAAAGGGUUUUUCAAUCCUAAGGUCAACCUCCAUAUUGGAGAUGGCUUUGAAUUCAUGAAGCAGAACCAGGAUGCCUUCGACAUCAUUAUAACCGAUUCCUCAGACCCUGUCGGACCGGCUGAGAGUUUGUUCAAGGAGUCUUACUAUCAGUUGAUGAAGACAGCAUUGAGAAAUGAUGGAAUUCUUUGUUCCCAGGGAGAGUGUCAGUGGCUCCAUUUGGAGCUGAUAAAAGAGAUGCGAAACUUCUGCAAGACCCUAUUCCCUGUGGUGGACUAUGCCUACACAACCAUCCCAACGUAUCCCAGUGGCCAAAUUGGAUUCAUGCUCUGCAGUAAAAAUCCUGAAACAAAUUUCAAGGAACCUGUGAGAGCACUCUCAAAAGAAGAAAUGGAAAAUAUGAACCAUAAAUAUUACAACCCAGAAAUUCACAAAGCAUCAUUCGUUCUCCCUGAGUUUGCAAGAAAGGCACUCAGUGAAGCAUGACCAGCAACGGCAGACCACCAUGUUCAUCCUCUACCUGGCCCUCAGACCACAGAUAAACAACCUUGUUCUAUGGCUUCUUCACCUCCUCAACACAGUUCAGCACCACUGAAGAGUAGUAGCCUUCAUGGCUGGGGGCAAUAAUAAUCAGUGGGUGAGAACUUGCUGAGUUACCGAGUUAUUUCAUUCCACUGUUUCUUUUCUUCCAGUCUUACACACUCUCAGUGUUAAUUUAUUUUUCUGAUGGUUUUUCCAUCCUAAUUCUGAAAUUGUCUUAUCAGCAUUUUGUGACUAAUGGGCUGGGCUGAGCAGGAAGAGCAUUGACAUCAAACCUGACCUCACUCUGAAACUGUACUGUUUAUUUUAUUCACUACAUCAACUCAUUAUGCAAUAUAUUACAUACUAUAUAGACUGUGUAUAUGUAAUAUAUUGCUGUGCUUUUAUCUGUAAUUUUGAAUAUCAGUUUAUUCUCAUAGGAAAAUACACAGUUGCCAUCUGUCAUGACUGGAUAUUCAGAAUAUAAUGUGUCCUCUACACGUGAACCCUACAGUGCCUGAAAUCGGUUUGUUGUUGUUGAAAAUUAAACUGUGUAAUGUAUCUAUCAUAGUGUACCAGGCAGAUAGUGUCCUAGAUGAAAGAUGAAGUUUCAAGAGUUAAGAAUAAUGUCCCUUUGAAAUAUCACAGACUGAUGAUGAAAUGAGUUUAAUUGAUAAUUGUAUUGAUGCUCAGCUUUGACUGUCAGUUUGAUAUGGAAUGAUAUAGUGUUGAAAAAUACAAUUAAGGAUGGCAUUGGAGCUUUGCAAUGCAAGAAAUGUCUUUUGAAGUGUAAUGUCAUUAUGCAAUUAAAACUUGCAGUAAUAAGUAUUGACUACCUGUAGUAAGCCUGUAUGCAGAGUCAUUACAUUGUCAAACAUCUUAAGUUUCUACCUAUUAGUUUUAACUCCACAUUGAAACUUUUUUGCGAGAUAGUGUCACACCUGAGCAACGAAGCUGUGUUUUUGUACAACCUGUAAUAAAUUGGUAACAUAAAACUGUUA